AUGUUUGUUUACGAGUUUAUGGCUGGUAUCGUGGAUCAGAUAACAGGAGGAGAGGAUGCGGAGUCUUACGAUCCGCAUGAGCACCGUAAAGUAGAGAAGCCCACGUCCUAUUCAGAUACUAUGAUACAUUUACUGAAGGGAAGUAUAGGCGCGGGCGUUUUAGCGAUGGCAGACGCCGUUGGUAGAGUAGGAAUCAUAGUCAGCAUAUUUGGUAUCCUCCUUAUUGGCUCCUUCGCGACAUAUUGUAUACAUCUACUUAUUGCAGCACAAUACAGACUCUGCAAAAAGUGGCGGUGCGGUUAUAUGGCCUAUCCCAAAUCGAUGUUUCUAGCGCUGAAAGAUGGCCCUCCUUGCAUGCGUUGGGCGGCAGGAUAUCUUUAUUAUUUUGUCGAUACAGUGCUUGUUUUAUGGCAACUUGGCAUCUGUUGCAUUUACUGCGUAUUUGUUGCGGAAAAUAUAAAACAGGUUUGCGACUAUUAUGGACAAGAAAUGUCAUUACGGUAUCACCUUUGCUUUUUAAUAGUUCCUCUUACGAUCAUGGGUCUAGUCAAAGACUUAAAGUUACUUACACCCUUCUCGUCUAUUUCAAACAUAGUAACAAUGUUCGGGUUUAUACUCGUAUUUUUCUACCUCAUUGAAGAUGACGUUACAAUCGAUGAGGAAAAACUUCAACUUAAAGCCUAUAAAGAAAUUCCUUUUUUUAUUGGAACAACAUUAUUCGCACUUGAAGCUGUUGGACUAGUGUUGGCAUUAGAGUAUAACAUGGAAUCCCCAAAGCGAUUUGUGGGAUUGUUUGGUUUAUUUAACAUCGGAAUGGGCGUCAUAAUGUCACUUUACUUAUUAAUGGGGAUUUUUGGAUAUCUAAAGUACGGUGAUGAUAUAAAAGCUUCUAUUACACUAAACUUGCCUCAUAAUGAAAAAAAGGCACAAGUCGCGAAGAUUAUAUUUGCAAUCUCAAUAUUUUUAACAUUCCCACUACAGAAUUUUGUAGCCUACAAUAUACUCUGGAGAAAAAUUAAGAAGUCAUGUGGACAACAGAAGCACAUUUAUUGUGUCGAUUACAUGCUGCGUAUACUACUUGUAGUUUUACCAUGGAUGGCAGCUGUAGCAGUACCCAAGCUUGGACCCUUCAUCGCAUUGUUUGGCGCUCUCUGUCUCUCUCUGUUGGCUAUGGUAUUUCCUGGUUUGAUGGAUGCAUGUGUGUGGUACCCUACAAGUUAUGGAUUAUGUCGUUAUCGUUUGGUGCGUGACGUGUUCAUAGUAGUAAUAGGGCUCACCUGCCUUUUCUCGGGUUGCUACACUAGCUUACUCGAGAUAACAGCUGCUUCCGACGAGGAGUAA